CGAAGAUAGGUUCAGCGCGUGUUUGCGGUGCAAUUUGUUUUGUCGCGUUUGGGGGAAAAAAAUUAAAAACAGAUUUUUUUUUUUUUUGCACAUGCGGCGCUGUGCAUCCAGGCUGCCUGUUACCGUUUUUGGCGCGCAGAUUGGUGGGAAGUCUUGCUUUCUCGCCCUUGUAGGGGGAAAAAAAAGCGGUAAACUCCCUCCGAAAAAAUAUCAAUCAGUGGCGCUAAAGAAGGGGAGGAACCAUGUAUCAGUUUCCAGUACGAGGACUGGAGAAAAUUCGAAGAACAAGAAAGAAAGUAAAAAAUAUUUUGAGUGACUUUGGCCUUGAAGAGUGCUUAAGCUUGUGUGAGACGCUCCAGGAGUUUGACCCAGGAGACAGCGUUUUUGAUGCUACUGAAUGGACUGAUUUAUCAGACGGAUUUAAUGGCAAGUGGAAGAAAAAGUGGACAUACCGCACCCGAGGACUGUGCUGCUCUUUGUGUAAAUUUUCAACACGGUCCUGGUAUUCCUUCAGGGCUCAUAUUAAUCGCUACCAUGAUGACGAGCAGUCAGCCUGCAGUCUCUCCGCCUGCUCUUCCUGUCCGUUUAUCGGCCACCCCAAAGUCAUCUCCAAGCACUAUAGACUGUUCCACGUUGAAAGCCAAAAGUCAGAAUCGGACACGGUGACACCCCUGUCUGCUAAAGCAAUGAGCGGUCACACUUUUCAAUGCCGAAAAUGCCCCGUACGUGAUGAUCUCUUGUACAGCAUGAGAAAGCAUGUUCUUAUUAAUCAUUACACCGUAUUGUUAAAUCGUUUUGCGGGACAAAGAGCAGACACUGACUUGAAAGCCCUUGGGCAGAUGUACAGGAAAUUCUAUUGUAAGGUCUGCGGUGCGAAUGCAGACACGUCUGAACAUCUGAUAUAUCACAUUCUGACCUCUGACAAGCACAGGGAAUUGGAUUUGCACAUAAACUCUUUAAUUUUUGAAACCGAUGCUAAAAAGCCAGCUCCCAUUCUAGCGCCAAAGAUCCAAAGUGGUCCUGUUAUAGCAGUGCCACCUAGCCAACCCUUAAUAACUCCAGUACCAGCUCCAGGCAAAGUCUUGCCAUUGGCUAAUGGUGGACCUAGAUUACUUCCUCCCCCUAACACAGCGGUUCUUCCUGUUCAAGCCUCAGCCCUGGUUCAGCUUGCCAGCGCCGAGGCAAAAGGUUUGCUGCAGCCUGGGCAGCCACUGACUAUACAAAAUAUUCAAGCUCCAAGAACUGUCCCCGCAACGCUACCUAAUGUUGGAGGUACGACUCCUGCUCCGACACUUCAACCGGUUAUUCCACACCAACAGCCAGUCAGGGUCGGAGUCCCAGGUCCUCUUCAUCCUCCACCCCGUCAAGUUCUGCUUCCACCUGGUGUACAGUUUAACGUCCCAAAUGUCAGAGGGCCACCACCACCACAGCCAAUGAUUGUUACUCCAAGGUUCCCCUUGAACCAGCCAACCCCUAGAGGUACCAUGCUUACAUCCCAGUCCCUUCUCAGUCACCUGAUUCCCACAGGAAACAAAGUCGAUGGACUGCCUACCUACACUCUCGCGCCAUUACAAGUUUUGUCGGUCCAGGCAAAUAACGUCCAAGUAGUCAGCAAAGCGCCACUGCCGGUAUCCCAGAACAAUGGCGCACAUCAGCAGAACUCCCAAGAUUCCAAGCAGACCAAAAAAUGGGUCACCUGCCCCAUUUGUAAUGAGCUUUUUCCAUCUAGUAUAUAUGACUCCCAUGUGGAGGUGCAUAAAGACUCUUCCAAGAAGUCCAAGCUAGGCCUGGCCGCCCGAGCCCCCUUUUUGAAGAAAAUGCCUGACAAGACAGUGAAAUGCCUAAUGUGUAAAGUCUUGCUGUCUGAAAAAGGUAUCUUUGAACAUCUUAUUCAUGGUUUAAAUUGCUUGUUUUGUCCUGGGUUGUUUUACUCUAUCAAACACCUGGUUGCACAUAUUCAAGUGGAGCACAAUCCAACCCAAAAGGCCAACUGUGACUUCAUGAGACGAGAGUAUCGUCUUUAUACUGACGAGUCCGGCCAUCUCCUGUUUCCCUAUUUUGACAUUAACACCACAGCCCCAAAAGAGAUGAUGGGAGAGAAGGAGUUAAACUUGGCGCUAGUUACUAAUUCACUCGAUCUGAUCUUUUUGAAGUUGUCGCCCAUGAUUCCGCAGGCUGUUUGCAAAAUGCCCGUACCUAAGCCGGACAGCUUAGACUGCAUCUUCUGUUCUGAAAAGCUACUGAACAUGGAGUGCUAUCAAAUGCACCUUAGAGAAAAGCACUUUAUCGUGCCUACUGUCCAUGCCAUCCUUAAAAUGCCAGCAUACAAGUGCAUCUACUGUGGUGGGGUAUACACAGGCAAAACAACGGUCAAAGCGAUCGGUGUCCAUGUAUCCAGAUGUCGCGCUGCGCCCAAAAAAAUCAAAGGUUCUGAAAAGAUCAAUUCUGGCCUCAACAUUGGCCCCUUAGUAAGCCAAGGUUUAGUCUCAUUCCAAGCACCCCCAAGACAGACUAUGGCUCCUGUCCCAGGACAAGUCCAAGCAUCAAUUCCAGCACAUCAACCCCACGAGACAGAUGCAGAAAUGCAAAGCAAGUUGAGGCUGGAGCUGGCUGUGAAGGAAGCCAUAGAAGCUAAUAAGAGGGAGAGAGAGGCCAGACUAGCAAGAAGAAGAAGGUUAGAGAAAGAGAGGGUCGUUGGUGUGUCUGCUCCUCCUGCAGAAGUCCCAGUCGAUCCUUCCGUGCAGUUUGCUCUCGAUCCGACCGGAAUGGAGUUACGCUCCUUUGAUGCUCGCCGGGAAUUCGUGAACAAGUACUUCAACAAACAACCGUACCCGGUCAAGAAGGAGAUUAUUGCUCUGAGCAGCCGAUUGCUGCUGAACAAAACUGAUGUCGCCUGCCAGAUUAGCUCCAAACGUACCAGGUGUAUGAAGCACCUGCAGCGAAACACGGCCGCAGUCUUGUUAGGUUUUAACAUGACUGAGCUGAUGAAGGUGAAACACAACCUGUUCAUUCCUGAAAUAGAGCCAGAGAAGCCGUCUGCAGAAACAGACACACAGGAACCCGUAAAAAUAAAUCUAGUGAAUGAAGGGGAAAGGCUUAAUGAAAAUUUAGCACCUUAUGAGGUCAAAUAAAUGGCUGAAAAGUGACAAUACAGGAUGGCCCAAAAGUCUGGAUCCAUAAAAGAUGUAUUAAAAGUAUAAAGUUCAAAGAAAGCUUAAGUUGAUCGCCUUUGAAUUUGCAACACUAAACACAAGAACAUUGAAAUUUUAAGUUUAUUAGAGCUAAAAUUAAACGUAUCGUCUAAUGUGGGUCUAAAUCCAUAUUGGAAAAAUCAAUUUAAGGGAAAAUUUCUAGCUAUUACAGAUUUUUGGGCCAUUCUGUACAUUCCUUCAAACAUUACAAAAAGAGUGUAUGCUGUCAACAUUUGUCACAAAAAAAACCCGUUAACAAUCUUUUGUAGCCCCAUUUUUUCUUAGAGAUCAAUUUAAUUAGUAAAGUCGACCUUUGAGUUUAAUGCUGUUUGACAAAAAGUUUGAAUUGUUGUCUUUCACAGAACAAUACUGUAUUACUGGUUAGUUAUGUACGUUCAAGGAUGUCCCCAAUUAUAGCUCAACUUGUUUGGUGGUGAGAUUUAUUUGGCCUUAAAUAACCUUUUUUUUUGUACAUACUUACCCUUAUGUAUUUUAUUUCAUGCUCUUUAAGUUAAAAUGCAUACUCCUGUAGUGUGUGUAAUGACAUUUAACGUAUUUAUCAAACGAUAUGCCCCCUCAAACUGAGACACUUUCAGUAUUUCAUCUUAAGUGCUUGCUCGCUAAUCCUGUGCCUACAUUACAGGAUUGCUGGUAUUUUUUUUUUUCCCUAAGAAGACUGUUCAUAUUUCCUUUUAACCUUUAUAGUUAUCUCUGGGCUUUGGGAUAGCAUUCACUAAGUUAAGUAGUCAAAUACUGUGUUAUAUCUGUAAACUGGCUAAUGCACUGGCAUACCGGGAUACAUAUGCCAGAUCAUACGAGAUACAGUACAACUCUGUCUGGAACGUAGCGUCAGUCUUUGUCAUUGCCAGUUAUAAGCAUAGUUUAUGAAUGUGUUUUUAUAAUAAUAAAAUGUAAGACUGUAUGAAAGGGUGAUGUGAUCACACAAUGUUUUCUGACUUGUCUUGAUGGUUUGAGGUUACAGUGUGUGUGAGAAUGAAUGCAAAAUAAACAGUCAGAG